ACUCGGUGAACUUGAACGACUGAAGACCGAUCACCACAAGGCCUGGGUGCCCCUCCUCUGGGCCUGUGACGUCAUAUACCGAGCCAGGAUGGACUCAUCAGGAUGGACUUGGGCCAGAAGACGCUUAUUGAUGAGGUAGUGACCAUCGCCGUCUACUCCUUCUUCGUCUUCUCACUGCUCGGGGAACAGUACCUCGACCCGGCCAGCCAACACCCCGACCACAAGAUCGACGCCUAUGUACCGGUGUUCGCUCUCUUGCAGCUCUUCUUCUACAUAGGCUGGUUGAAGGUGGCCGAGGCGCUACUCAACCCCUUCGGUACAGACGACCAUGAUAUUGAGUUCUUAGAUCUCCUGAAGAAACAUCUGCAGAUGACUCAGCUUCUGUGUGACCCCGUGUACAUGGAGGAACCUUGCACCACCAACCUGCCGCAGGAGCAGACUGUAGCAGGCGGUGAUGACGAGAAGGAACAGCAACAGGAACAACAGAUGUGUCAAAGUAACAAUAACAUAGAACUGGUGGUGGUGAAAAGUAGUACCACACCGGCUAUCAACUUCCCCUCAACUGUACUAUGUGGUGGUACUAUUGUUAACUCCCUCAGUCAGCCGCUAUUGUGAGUCUAGCUAUCAUGUGUUGGUACUACUGCUGUGAUGUGUUGGUACUACUGACUGCUGUGAUGUGUUGGUACUACUCUGUGUUGUGUUGGUACUACUGUGUGUUGUGAUGUGUUGGUACUACUGACUGCUGUCUUGUGUUGGUACUACUCUGUGUUGUGUUGGUACUACUGUGUGUUGUGUUGUGAUGGUAUUACUGACUGUUGUGAUGUGAUGGUACUACUGACUGUUGUGAUGUGAUGGUACUACUGACUGUUGUGAUGUGAUGGUACUACUGACUGCUGUGAUGUGUUGUUAGUCGUAAUACAUAAUACUGUAUGAAUAAAACAAUAGCUGUAUUAUAUUGUAUUUAUCAAUGGUGUAUGACCUGACACUAACACGCUGUAUACAUCAGUUUUAAUAUACGAUAAUCCUAUUAACCAAUAA